AUGUCGGGCUCGCGUGGAAGUCAAGCCAGUCGCUCAGUCUUUGUCGGAAACAUCCCGUAUAAUGCCACAGAGGAGCAGCUGGAGGAUAUCUUCCGAGCAGUCGGCCAUGUAGUCAGCUUCCGGUGGCUGGUCAAGAACUCGGACACGGGUCAACCUAAAGGUUUUGGUUUCUGUGAAUUUCGGGAUGCACAAACUGCAGAGUCCGCUAUCAGGAACUUGAACAACACUGAGUUCAAUGGACGGCUGCUUCGAAUUGAUUAUGCGUCAAGCUUGGGUGAGGGAAAAUCUGGUGGCGGAGGAUCAGGAGGGUCGAACUCGGGAGCAAGUGGCGCCAAGCCACUUAUGAAUGCACAUGAUCAAAUAAUGGCUGUUGUCUCAACCAUGUCUAUUGAACAGAUGUACAAUGUUAUGGGUCAGCUUAAAACAAUUUGCGCUCAAAACAGAGAGCAAGCUCGAGAGCUCUUCAACACUUACCCUCAGCUGUCCAUGGCUGUGCUGCGGAUGCAUGAUCUGCUCUCCAAGUACAGCAGCGGCGGCCCCCCUCCACCCGUCGGCAUUCAUAGCGACCCGUUGCCACGUGGGGGCAUGUCCGGGCUUAGUGGGCCAGGCAUGCCUCCUCCCCCGCAGCUUGGAGGAGGCAUGGGGAUGCCAGGAAAUGUGCCUCCGAGUGCGAUGGGUCAGCCUGUGGGAGGAGCAAGCGUGACCAGUGGGAGAGGCGGGAGUGGGGAUAG